UAAUGCUUUCAGUUCACUGGGACGAGGCGUUUUAGUGCCAAGGAAAUCUAGGCCAGAGUGUUUUCAUCUUCCAUAUACCAUGGCUCCUGUAAGAGUUCUCAGUUGCACUACGAGGGUCCUGCAUUUUGGGCUUGGGGACCAGUUCUACAAGGAAGCGAUUGAACAUUGCCGUAGCUACAACUCGAGGCUGUGUGCAGAGCGGAGCGUGCGUCUACCCUUCCUUGACUCCCAGACUGGUGUGGCCCAGAACAACUGCUAUAUUUGGAUGGAAAAGAGGCAUCGGGGACCAGGCCUAGCUCCAGGGCAGCUGUACACAUACCCUGCCCGUUGCUGGCGCAAGAAGAGGCGACUGCACCCGCCUGAAGAUCCGAAGCUGAGGCUGCUGGAGAUAAAACCUGAAGUGGACCUGCCCCUGAAGAAAGAUGGGUUCACAUCAGAAAGCACCACACUGGAAGCCUUGUUACGAGGUGAAGGGAUUGAGAAGAAAGUGGAUGCCAAAGAAGAAGAGAGCGUCCAGGAAAUACAGAGGGUUCUGGAAAAUGAUGAAAACGUAGAAGAAGUGAACGAAGAGGAGGAUUUAGAAGAAGAUACUCCAAAACGAAAGAACAGGACCAGAGGACGGGCCCGUGGUUCUGCAGGUGGCAGGAGGAGGAAUGAUGCUGCCUCUCAGGAAGACCAAGAUAAACCGUACGUCUGUGAUAUCUGUGGCAAACGUUAUAAGAACCGGCCAGGGCUCAGCUAUCAUUAUGCUCACACACACCUAGCCAGUGAAGAAGGGGAUGAAGCCCGGGAGCAAGAGACACGGUCCCCACCUGUCCACAGAAAUGAAAACCACAGACCCCAGAAAGGACCAGAUGGGACUGUCAUUCCCAAUAAUUACUGUGACUUCUGCUUGGGAGGUUCAAGCAUGAACAAAAAAAGUGGCCGGCCAGAGGAACUAGUGUCCUGUGCAGACUGUGGACGCUCUGGUCACCCCACCUGCCUGCAGUUUACCCUGAACAUGACCGAGGCUGUCAAAACCUACAAGUGGCAAUGCAUCGAGUGCAAAUCCUGCAUACUCUGUGGAACCUCUGAGAAUGAUGACCAGCUGCUCUUCUGUGAUGACUGUGACCGCGGCUAUCACAUGUAUUGUUUAAAUCCCCCUGUGGCUGAGCCCCCUGAAGGGAGCUGGAGUUGCCACCUGUGCUGGGAAUUGCUCAAAGAGAAAGCCUCCGCCUUUGGCUGCCAGGCCUAGGGGGCUGACCCCCGGGAUGCAGGAUGUCACUUGCUCCCAUCGAGCUGGUACCAGCACACAAGUUCCCAACUCAGACCAAGCACCCACAUCCCCACACCUACACAGACCGACACAAGAGAAAACAGUCACAGAGGGACACACAAGGACACUUGCAAACAAGAGGAGGAGACAUGUAUUUACCUCCCUUGGGUAGGUUCCACCACUUCAGACAGGCCCCUCCUGGGUCUUACUGGAAGGAACUUGUACUUUUCAAGAAAGAAAGCUCCAAUUCCUCCCCUCACUUUCUCUCUCCCCUGCUUCCCCAUUGAAAUUUCCCUCAUUUUUGUCUGAGCACUGAAGCUUUCUCACUGGUUUCUGGGCUAAAUGGAAGCUGUUCUGUGAACACUGAAUAGUCAUUCUUGUGUAGUCUAGUGUUUUAUGUUCUCUCUGUUCCAAGAAACCUUCAAUGAUUCUCCAACCCUUUGCCCUCUCACUUGCCUUCUCCUCCCCCUUCACAAAUCCCACCAGGCAAUGAUGCCUUCCACCCUUUCACUGGUUCAAGAGAACAAGCCUGACUGGGAAUUUCCUGGUUCCAAAGGGGGCCACCAUCCUGAAAGUCUGGGUUGCUCCCAAACUCUGCCCUCAGAGACUUUAUGUGAAAAACAAGUUCUACUUUCCUGCUGCCCCAACAAUAUAUCCAGUGGCAUGAAUAACCCCAAGGGGUCCACACCCACUGAAUUGAAUCACUUGAUAGAGGAGUGGGAAAAGAAAGAACAGGGAGAUGAAGGAAAGAGGAAGAGAAUAAUGGGAAAAUGUGCCACCAGCCAGUGUUUGCUCUUUGCUUCCCAAAUAGCAGAAGCUUUGGAAGGCACUGUGUUUGUCUGAUUGACUUAGAUGCAAUCCCCUGGAUUGGCGCUUUUUGGGGGGGGAGGGCAUGGAAGGCAAAUUAGUUUGAAAGGUUCUGUAAGUAUAGACUAUGGAGAGAAAGAGAAAGAAUCUUUCCUUCCAACCAAACUUUUUGAUCAGCUUUUCUUGUUGGAACUCCAGCACCACAGCUUGGAGAGCCAGGAGGCCAAGGGGAUGUCGGUUUUCCUUAGGUAAGGGGUAGCCAAACCAAGUGUGUAGUUUGGCAUUAGAAGCCCUUUCAGUAUUGACAGUGUGAGUGGCACCAGGAGUGCUUUUUGCCAAGGAACUUCUCAAUUCGGACAGUAUAUUUUUUUGCUGGGGUGAACUGAAGCAUGACUCCUGGGAAGGUCUUAUAAGUAGCAGAGAGAUGAUUAUUGAUUGUUUGAGAAGCUGCCUGGCAGAGUGAAUAGAGAGGUCAUUUCAAAGUCUGGAGGAACUGGGUUCAAGUCUUGCCUUUGACACAUACUGGGUAUGGGAUCUUAGGCAAGUCAAUCAGUGCUCCUGGACAAGUGUCUAAGAAGGUAAAUUUAAGAGCAGGUACCAAUCUGUAUUAGUAAAGGGAGUUCCUCACUGGGAAUUCCCUCUAUGCUUGUAGUCACAAAUCUGGUCUUCCUUUCCUCCUAAAAAAAAAAGCAAAUAAUUAGAAUCAUGAGACAAAAUAAUUAUUUAGAAGCAUCAGUUUUGGAGGUUCCUUGACUUUCAAAUCUCCCUUGACUUCCAAAUCUCCCUUUUGACUUUACCUAAAAAAAAAAAAAAGAAUUAAUGCUUGAGGUAGAGGAUGAUCAGCUCAGAUUCUAAAAAUGGUGAGCAUUCCAGGAUGGCCCCAUGGGCUGAAACUUGUCGGGCUGCCUUUGAAAUGGGGCAGCAGGUCUCUGGAAAAUCAUUUGCCCAAAGGGCAGGUUUCUGCAGUGGGGACCCUAGCGCAUGCUCUGUUUCCCUGCUAUCAGCUUCAACACCUUGGUCCAGCUCCUGACUACAAAGGCAGAGGUUAUUUUUAGCCCACAAACUCCCCCAAGAAGCCUGUUGGGAUUUGGGGUAGCUGGCCACUUCUGCUGCUCUGUUUGCUUUCGAAUUUGGCAGGAGCUCACAUUUCCUGUGCUAAUUGCUGGCAGCCAGUAAAUCAGAUGUAGCAUAGGGAGGAGUUGAGCAUUUGGUGUUCCUACCCCCACCCCCCCAACCCCUACCUUGCCCCUUUCCCCAAUCUAUUUCUUUUGCUGAAGCGACCCAUGACAAGAGACUUGGGUCAUUUUCCUGUAGGAGAAUGCAGGCUAUGAGUGAUUUACACGCAUAUAUAAUGAUCUCAUUUAAAAGGACUGUCCAGAUGGAAAUCGCAUCUUCCUCCCAAGACAUUGCCUUCUCCUCCUGGCAAUCCUACUUUGGAUUAUGAACGAUUGAGUAUUUAAGAAGUCUGGAAAUGUUUUUUGGAGGUGGACUUUCUCCACAUGUGAUUUCUUUGUUUUUCCCUUUGCCUACCUGGGAGAGUGAAAUGAGACUGACCAUAUUUUUUUCUGUUUUUGAUGAGGUGACUCUUCAAUUCUUUCAGGGCACAAAGGGACAAUGCUCCAUGCUCCAGAGGAUUGAUUAUUAGGUUUUAAAAAAUCAUUUCAACUGAUUUUGGAUGAAAAUUCACUAAAAUAAUCUCAGAUACCGUAACUCCUUAAAUCUUAAAUAUAUAUGUGUAAAUGUAUGUAUGUGUGUGUCUACACACACACACACACACACACACACACACACACACACACACACACACACACAUACACAUACACACGCAUACAAAACCAAAAUCUUUUGGGACUCAGGUCUCUGCCUGUUAAAUGAAGAGUUUGGAGUCAGCCUCUAAGAGUUCUCCCUGAUCUAAUGUUCUGUGAUUCUAUAAAAUCAGUUGACAAUGCAGGUCUCCUUGUAGAUUGCUCUGAAAUCUGCCUGUCCUGCAUCAUUGCACAUGACAAGGUUGUCCAGUUCUCUGUCUGCAGGCACAUCUGCUCUGAUAGCAUAUGCUGAAAAUAUAGUUAUCAAGUUUCCCAAGCUUGUGAAAAAUAAUUCACCACCAGUGUCUGCCAUAAGGAGACAGAUAGACCAUGUGGUCAAGUGUUCAGGGGUCUGGAAUGGGGCCAUCCUUAGAAGAUUUCCGCAUGCUGUUCCCAGCUUUGCUGCUUUCUUGAGGAAUGACCCUAGGAAGCGCCUUUCAUCUUUGUAUACCUUACUCUCCUCAUCUGGAAAGCAGGGAUAACAAAACCCUGAUAGUGAGAGCCCGUUUUCGUUAGAAGAAUUGAUAGAAUCUAUAUGAAAAGUGAGGCACAAGAGCAAUGUAAUCUAGGGAAAAGAACAUUGAACUUCAGUUCAGAAAACUUGGGUUCCAGUCCUGACUUUGAUACUUUCUAGCCUGCUGCCACUGAUGAAUCAUUUCAUAUCUCUGGUCCUAAAUUCUGCCUCUGUAAAAUGGGCAUCAUCAUACUUGCACUUGCUCCCUCACAGGAUUAGUGUGAGGGGAGGGCUUUGCAAACAGCAAGCACCCUAUAAAUGCCAGCUGCUGUUAUUAGAUGGCACCAAAUAUUGCUUAAUUUGGUUUUAAAGGGAAAGUGUGAGAAUAUUUGAAACUGACCAUCUCUUUUGAACCUUGGUGGAACAAAGUAUUAAAGUAAAGUAGCUGCAGGAUCUGGGCUACACCCAAAGUAACUUGCACAUCUGCUUCCUUUGCCUGAGUGUAUCAGAGUUAAGUGCUUACCUGAUAUCUCCCUCAAGGCAGUGUUGACCUGGUUCUUGAGUCAAAGGACCUGGGUUGGAAUCCCAUCUUAGAUGAUUACUAGUUGUGUAACUUUGGGCAAAUCACCUAACUUUCCUGAGUCUCAGGCUCCCUGUCUGUAAAAUUUAAGGGAGUUAGACUAGAUGGCUCCUAAGCUCCACUGGAUUAAAAAUAGGUCAAUAGAAGUUCAGUAAUGAGGGACAUCUUGUUUUGGGGUAAGACCAUGCCAAAGAUAUCUUGGGUCUGUCAUGAUGUGUAUAGAGAUUGAGCUGAGGGGGAUGAAAUUUUAGAAGGGUGUACUUGAAUUUAGCCUUAAUUUUCAAAGUAUUGUGACUCCAGGGAAACAGCCUGAUAGAGUGGAAGAAAGUUGCACUUGAUUUGGAAUUGGAGGACCUGGGUUCAAAUCCUGGGCCUGCAACUUACUAUGAGCAAGACUUGGGUGUGACUUUGGCCAAGUCAUUCAACCCCUCUGGGCCUCAGUUUCUUCACCUUGUAAAAGAGAGGAUUGGACUAGGAACUAAAUGGUCUCUAAUGGCUAGCUUUAAAUCUGGGCUAUGCCCUCCAUCAGAGGGCUAAGGAACCGAGGAUGGAGAACUAAGUAAAGGGGAAAAGAAGGGAGAAUUCAGAAUAGAGAAUUGCCACUGAUUCAAGAAAAUCUAGGCAUAGCUGGACCCCUAGGAGAAGUCACUAUUAAGGGAUGGCAAGGCAGCUAAAGUUAACCCUUAGGAAUAGCUAGGUGGCACAGUGGAUAGAGCACUGGGGCUGAAGUCAGCAAGACUCAUUUUCCUGAGU